GGGCAAGAGUGCAGAAAGCAAUAUGUAUAUAAACCACGUAAAUCAAGUUGCCGCCGGCGCGCUUUGGUCUACCAAGUUUAGGGCACUUGCUAACGGUCAACUCGCGCUUCACUUCAACGCCGCCGCCACCUGUUCCCUGUCCGCCGCUCAAUUCCGUCAGCUGAAUUUCCUCCUGCAUUUUCAUAUCUCACAAGAAACUAAGCUAUUUCUCCUUUUUGCGAGUAGCAUUAUAUUGCUGCACACUGAAGAACAAGGAAGCUGGUGCUUUAAUGGCUCUUAAGUUUGAGGUACUUGGAAGGUUUAAUCGUGCCCGUGCAGCUCAACUCACUCUCCCUCACUAUCUGUGCCAGACACCUUUGUUUAUGCCAGUGGGUACCCAAGGAACUAUAAAAGGUUUAACGAAGAAUCAGCUGGAGGAAAUUGGUUGUCAAAUUAUACUUGGGAACACAUAUCAUCUAGCUUUACGUCCGACUUCUGAGCUCAUUGAUGAGUUGGGCGGUCUCCACAAAUUCAUGAACUGGCCAAGGGCACUGCUUACAGACUCUGGUGGUUUCCAAAUGGUAUCCUUAUUGCAUUUGGCUGACAUUACAGAAAAGGGUGUCACAUUUCAGUCACCUGUCGAUGGGAAACCGAUGCUUCUUACACCCGAAGAAUCAAUACAAAUUCAAAACAGAAUUGGAGCAGAUAUUAUCAUGGCCCUCGAUGAUGUUGUGCGAACCACUAUCACAGGGCCUCGAAUUGAAGAAGCAAUGUACCGCACUCUUCGUUGGAUAGACAGGUGCAUAGCAGCUCACAAGAGGCCAAAUGAACAAAAUUUAUUUGGGAUAGUUCAGGGUGGUUUAGAUCCAGUAUUAAGGGAUAUAUGUGUCAGAGGUUUGGUUGAACGUAAUCUGCCUGGCUAUGCUAUUGGUGGUCUUGCAGGCGGUGAAGAUAAAGAUUCAUUUUGGCGUGUUGUUGCUCAAUGUACUGCUGCAUUGCCUGAGGAUAAGCCACGAUAUGUCAUGGGUGUUGGUUACCCUCUAGAUAUUGUUGUUUGUAGUGCUUUAGGUGCUGACAUGUAUGAUUGCGUGUAUCCCACUCGUACAGCUCGCUUUGGCACAGCUCUUGUUCCAGAGGGAGUUUUGAAACUGAAACACCAGGCAAUGGCUAAUGAUAUACGUCCUAUUGAUCCCAUGUGCGAGUGUAUGGUCUGUAAAAAUUACACAAGGGCUUACAUUCAUUGCCUAGUAACAAAAGAUGCUAUGGGAUCUCAACUUCUUUCAUAUCACAAUUUAUAUUACAUGAUGAAGCUUAGCAGAGAUCUACACUCAUCAAUUGUUGAAGGACGGUUUCCAGAGUUUGUUUGCAAGUUUCUGCAGACAAUGUUCCCAAAAGGUGAUGUGCCUGAAUGGGUUUGCAAUGCCAUGGAGGUUGCAGGAAUCGACAUUUCUUCAUGUUGUCGUGAGAUGAGGUUUGAUGUUGAUAAAAGCUCAACAUUGUAGGAGUACAUAUUCUACAGUUCAAGCAAAUAUAGCUGUUAAGACACAUGCAAGUGAUUAUACGGUAGUUGAUGCUGGAAAAAGCUCAAAAAUUUUGGUAUUGACUUUUCAUUGAGCACCUAACCGAUACAGAUGUUAGAUACAUGCUCGUGACAGUACGGUGGAAACAAAUUUCUGGCCAAUACGCUCCUGCACUGUGAUGUACUGCUGAAUGCAAGAGCAUCUGUCUCUGAUUGAUCUGAGCAGACAAAUGGUGGAUGGUAUAUACUCCCUUGGAGCAAAUGAAUUGAUAAAUUUUGAUCCUCAA